AUGGCCACAACCGUCUCUGCUAUCGUUGCUUACAGAGGAACGAGUGAGAGUUAUUCAACAGAAGACUUCCCAAGGUCUACUACAGCAUCGUCCUUCGCCUAUAACGUCACCGUAAACUCCACAGAAUACUCCUAUUAUUACGACAGUUACUCUGACUACCCUGACGGUGACUAUGGGAGGUGUGUGUAUGAGCGUCACGGGGCCACCUUUCUUCCAGCCCUCUACGUUUCUUUCUUCCUGCUGGGCCUCCUGGGCAACUCCCUGGUCAUCUGGGUCAUUACUCGUGGCGUGCGACUCCGCAGCAUGACUGACGUGUGCCUCUUGAACUUGGCUGCUGCCGACCUUCUCUUGGUGUGUACCCUUCCCUUCCUGGCCCACCAAGCCCGGGACCAGUGGCUGUUUGGGGACGCUAUGUGCAAAGUGGUACUGGGUGUAUAUCAUAUCGUCUUUUACUGUGGGAUCUUUUUCAUCAGUCUGAUGAGCAUCGACCGCUACUUGGCUAUAGUGCACGCCAUUUACGCGAUGAGGGCACGGACAAGGUCCUUUGGAAUGAUCGCAGCUGCAGUUACUUGGGUGGCUGGAUUCUUGGCUUCUUUCCCUGACCUGAUCUUUAUCGAACAGCAGCUGCAGCCUGGCACUAAUACGACUCAUUUCUGCUUCCCUGUAUUUCCCAAUGCGGUUUUGAAUGACACCACUUCAUCCAACCCUCACUUCUGGAGGAUCUUCAGCCUUUUCAAAAUGAACAUUUUGGGCCUGUUCGUCCCAGUUCUCGUCAUGGGUUUCUGCUACUCACAGAUUGUCUGGAGGCUGCUGUACAGCCAGUCAUCCAAGAAGCCGGCCAUCCGUUUAGUUGUCAUCGUGGUCGCCGUUUUCAUCUGCUGCUGGGUCCCCUACAACGUUGCAUCCUUCUUCAAAGCACUGCAGCUAUUGCAAAUCUAUACGGCGUGCGAGAGUAGCAAAGCCAUCAGAUUGGCUUUACAAGUCACUGAGGCCAUCGCCUACUCACACAGCUGCCUCAACCCCAUCCUGUACGUGUUUGUCGGGGAGAGGUUCAGGAGGCACCUGCUGAGGAUGAUGAACAGGGCUCCCUGCAGGCUGUGUCAGGUGGUCACGGUCUGCAUGCCUCAGGACAGAAACACAGCAUCGGUCUACUCAAAGACCACCAGCCUGGACGAGAGGAGCACUGCUGUCUGAUGUGCGUUCCUAUUAUUUCUGUAAUGAUGGGGCAAGCUUCGCCGAACAAUACGUGACUCAAGCUUGAUCUUAUGGCGUCAUGAUGGUUACAUGAGAGCAAACAGUGUGUACCAUAUGAUAUUUUACGGUACAUGUAUGUCUCUUUAAAUUGUUGCUAAUUAUACAUGUGAAUGUAGUUUUGGAUAUUCACGGUGAACAUGCUGCUGGA